CUAACCUGCAACACUAACUAGCACACUGAGCGCUCGUUGUCGUAGGCAGGUUCUGGCGAUACGAGAGGCACACUUUUCUAUUAAUCACAGCGACGUUCGAAAUUAAGACACUACGUUGUGUUGGGUGCUCAACUUCCGCGAUAGCUAGCAGAGCUAGGGCGGCAAUGACUGCGCGAAAAAGAAAAGAAAAAAAAAGGAAUAGCACUGCUGACAGUAUCUCUAUGAUCGUUGCUUGAAUGCUCCAGGCGUGCCAGGUGCCACAGACGGACCUCAACAUCGAGAAGACAGCCAUCGGCCUUGUAUCCACGGCGCAGUCCCAGCUACUCAAGGAGGCUAGGCUGUUGGCGUUUGACACGCUCAACCACCUUAUCGACAAGGCCACGAAUAUCAUGAAGAAACCCGACGUACGGACCAACCUGACGUGGUUGUUGCUCAACACUGACCUGACGGACUCAACGAGGCGCUGUCUCCGAGAACCCUUCGAGCGCGUGAAAGGAUUCAGAGAUUUUUAUUACCGGCGACCACUGAUGCCGAAGGGUUAGCGACAUACCCUGCCGCUGUGUGGUAAUUGCGCAAAGACGCGCAGGUGUCGCACCCUUCUGCGACCCGUCCUGUAACGUGUCUAUGGGCGGCUUCUUCGUUAGCCCUACGUGACCAGGUAGAAAAAGAAAAAAAAACCUAUAUUUUUAUUUAGCGUCUGUUCCUCUUUGCGGUUCUGUAUGCGAUAAACACAUUGUGGUCAAACUAUUUUUGACUCUUGUAAAGUGUCUUUGCGUGAGUUGUCUCGGGUGGUGGAUCACCUUCGCUAAUGGCCGCGAGAUCGGGCUUAUAGAUGGCAGCACCGUCGUCGCAUUAGUGUGGAUGGGCGUUCGGCGGCGCGCCUUGAAAUGUACGCGGC